AUGGCUCAGCAGGGAGUUCAGCUGGACCAGGACCAGUUCUGUUGUUCUGUCUGUCUGGAUCUACUGAAGGAACCAGUCACCAUCCCCUGUGGACACAAUUACUGUAGAAACUGUAUUGAGGGCUGCUGGGAUCAGGAUGUUCUGAAAGGGGUCUAUAGCUGUCCUCAGUGCAAAGAGACCUUCACUCCAAGGCCUAAUCUGAGGAAAAAUAACAUGUUGGCUGAGAUGAUGGAGAAACUGAAGAAGACAGAACUCCAGGCUGGUCUCCCUCCUGCUGUGUGCUAUGGUGGACCUGGAGAUGUGGCGUGUGACGUCUGCACUGGGACCAGAAAGCGGAAAGCCCUCAUGUCCUGUCUGCCGUGUCUGGCCUCUUACUGUGAGACUCACCUCCAAUCGCACUAUGAAUCUCCUGCUUUGAAGAAGCACAAGUUGGUCAAAGCCACCGCACAACUACAGGAGAAGAUCUGCUCUCAUCAUGACAAACUGCUGGAGGUUUACUGUCGUACCGAUCAGCAGUGUAUCUGUUAUCUGUGUACAAUGGAUGAACAUAAAGGCCAUGAUACAGUGUCAGCUGCAGCAGAGAGGACUGAGAAACAGGUAAGACCAGAACAACUUCUUGAUAGCUCAUUGAAGAGUGAUUCUCCACAGAGGCAGCUGGGGAUGAGUCAGCAGAAGGUCCAGCAGAGAUUCCAGGAGAGAGAGAAGGAGCUGAAGGAGCUCAGACAGGCUGUGGAGUCUCUUAAGCGCUCUGCACAGGCAGCAGUGGAGGACAGUGAUCAGAUCUUUACUGAGCUGAUCUGCUCCAUUGAGAGAAGGAGCUCUGAGGUGAAGGAGCUGAUCAGAGCCCAAGAGAAGGCUCAAGUGAGUCAAGCUGAAGGACUCCUGGAGCAACUGAAGCAGGAGAUAGCUGAGCUGAGGAAGAGAAGCACUGAGCUGGAGCAGCUCUCACACACAGAGGAUCACAUCCAUUUCCUCCAGAGUUAUCAGUCUCUCUCCAGUAUAAGUGUAUCUUCAGACUUACCCAGCAUCGUUGGCCGUCCUCUUCAGUACUUUGGAGAUGUGAGUAAGACUGUGUCUGAACUGAGAGAGAAACUAGAAGACUUCCUUAAAGGAGAAUGGACCAAGAUCUCCACUACAGUGAAUAUAGUGGAUGUUGUACUGCCUCCAGAGCCCAAGACCAGAGAACAGUUGUUACAAUAUUCCUGUCAGCUCACACUGGACCCAAACACAGCAAGCACAGACCUCUCUCUGUCUGAAGGGAACAGAAAGGUGACCUAUACAGACCAAGUCCAACCAUAUCCUGACCAUUCAGACAGAUUCACUAACUACUACCAGGUUCUGUGCAGAGAGGGUCUGUCUGGACGCUGUUACUGGGAGGUGGAGUGGAGUGGGGAGUGUUUUGAUAUAGCAGUCUCAUAUAAAGACAUCAGCAGAACAGAGAGAGAUAGUGGAUUUGGACUCAAUGACAAGUCCUGGAGUUUAGAGUGCUCUAGUGAUGGUUAUUGUUUCAUACACAAUAAUGUUGAGACUAAAGUAUCAGGCCCUCAGUCCUCCAGAGUAGGAGUGUACCUGGAUCACAAGGCAGGUACUCUGUCCUUCUACAGGGUCUCUGACACAAUGACGCUCCUCCACAGAGUCCAGACCACAUUCACUCAGUCCCUCUAUCCUGGGUUUUAUCUCUUUUUUGGUACUGCUGAGCUUGUUAAACUGUAGUAGGGUCCACAUAGAUACUAGUCAUGCUGGUGUAGUCUAUAGCUGAGCUGGUUAAACUGUAGUAGGGUUCACAUAGAUACUAGUCAUGCUGGUGUAGUCUAUAGCUGAGCUGGUUAAACUGUAGUAGGGUUCACAUAGAUACUAGUCAUGCUGGUGUAGUCUAUAGCUGAUCUGGUUAAACUGUAGUAGGGUCCACAUAGAUACU